GCAGCUCGCCGUUUUCGUCGUGACGCAGCAGGGCCGGAUGUUGGCUCUUUUUUUUCACCGUGUGGAAGAAUAACAUGGCAGCUGUGGACUGUGAUAUGCCGGUGGACCCGGAGAGUAACAUACCAACGCAGGAGGAUCUGGAGAGGGAGGCGGAAAUUUUCAAGGAGAAGGGAAAUGCAUUCUACAUUAAGAAAGAAUAUUCAGAAGCGUUCAACUACUACACAAAAGCCAUCGAUGCAUGUCCCAAGAACGCCAGUUACUAUGGCAACCGCGCAGCCACCCUGAUGAUGCUGAGCCGUUUCCGAGAGGCGCUGGAGGACUCCCAGCAGGCUGUUCGGCUGGACGACUGCUUCACGAAGGGCCACCUCAGAGAAGGAAAGUGCCACUUAUCGUUGGGCAAUGCCAUGGCCGCCAGUCGCUGCUUUCAGAAAGUUCUGGAACUGGAUCCCACAAACACUCAGGCCUUACAAGAGCACAAAAAUGCAGCGGCUUUGUUGGAGUUUGAGAAGAUGGCGGAGUACGGGUUUGAGAAGAGGGACUUCAGAAAGGUGGUUUUCUGCAUGGAUCGAGCGCUGGAGUUCGCUAGUGCCUGUCACAAAUUCAAGAUCUUGAAGGCAGAAUGUUUGGCUUUGCUGGGGAGAUACCACGAAGCCCAGUCUGUGGCCAGUGAUAUCCUGAGGAUGGACUCCACUAAUGCUGAUGCCCUGUAUGUGCGAGGGUUGUGUCUUUAUUAUGAGGACUGCAUCGAGAAGGCCGUUCAGUUUUUCGUCCAGGCUCUUCGCAUGGCACCUGAUCAUGAGAAAGCUCGCCUAGCGUGCAGAAAUGCUAAAGCUCUGAAGGCGAAGAAAGAAGAGGGCAAUAAUGCCUUUAAGGAUCGCGACUAUGAUGCUGCAUAUCAACUGUACACAGAGGCCCUGACCAUAGACCCUAACAACAUCAAAACCAACGCCAAGCUGUACUGCAACAGAGCCACCGCCGGGGCCAAGCUGAAUAAACUGGAGCAGGCCAUUGAAGACUGCAGCAGUGCCAUCAAACUGGACGACAGCUACAUUAAAGCCUACCUGAGGAGAGCGCAGUGUUAUAUGGACUUGGAGCAGUACGAAGAAGCUGUUCGGGACUACGAGAAAGUCUACCACACAGAAAAGACGAAAGAGCAUAAAACUUUGUUGAAGACUGCUCAGUUAGAGCUGAAGAAAAGCAAAAGGAAAGACUACUAUAAGGUCCUUGGAGUCAGCAAGGAUGCAACAGAAGAUGAGAUAAAGAAGGCUUACCGCAAACGUGCCCUCAUGCACCAUCCAGACCGGCACAGUGGAGCGAGUGCUGAGGUUCAGAAGGAAGAGGAGAAGAAGUUUAAGGAAGUGGGUGAGGCCUUCACUGUGCUGUCUGACCCCAAGAAGAAAUCUCGUUAUGACAGCGGCCAAGACCUGGACGAUGAUGGCAUGGGAGAUUUCGAUGCCAACAACAUCUUUAAGGCCUUCUUUGGUGGACCUGGAAAUUUCAGCUUCGAAACAAACUCUGCACCUGGAAAUUUCUUUUUCCAGUUUGGCUAAAGUGGAUUCCAUCAGCUCAGGAACAAAAGAGAAGUCUGGCAACAUUUUUUUUUUCCUCAACCUGUUUCUCCUGCCAUUUCUGCUAAUAGUGUGUCCCCACAACACUCACCCCUUACCCAGAAUUCCCCUAAACCUCUCGUUUCUUCAGACCGUAUCCGUUUGCACUUAUCCUGCUCUGAUCACUUUCUCGUCUCAUUUCGGAAGAAGCUUGAAUACUUUUUUUUACACAAAAGAUUAAAAACAAAUAAAAAUUUAGAAUGUAGGACCAGAUCUGGAUGAAUCUGAAAAGGUUGGAGGCAAGUCAAAGUCCUCUCUGACACACUGAGCCACCGUUACAUUCGCUAGAUUGACAAGUGACAAGAGGAGCGGCAGCAUAUUGUUUCAUCUUUCUCUCUUUCUCUCUCUCUCUCUCUCUCUCUCUCUCUCUCUCUCUCUCUCUCUCUCUCUCUCUCUCUCUCGCUCUCUCUCUCUCUCUCUCUCU